AUGCCCGUGGCCACGGUGAACCUCCGUGCCCUGACCUCCUGGGUGGGCAUCGCCCGCCUCUUCGCCGUCGUGCUGUCCUGCCUCAGCUUCAGCUUGGUGGCCUCCACCGGGCGGUUUGGGGCUCCCUACGGGACGUGGUGCAUGUUCACCUGGUGCUUCUGCUUCAUCGUGACGCUGCUGGUGCUGCUGCUGGAGCUGCUGGAGCUCUACCCUCUGCUGCCGCUCUCCUGGGAUGACUUCACCUCGGCUUUCUCCAUGCUUGCGACUCUGAUGGUCUUCACCUCCUCGGUGGUCUUCCCUUCCACCUUCAUCAGCAGCCCCUGCAGCAGCAACCUGUGUGCCCGGCAGGCCGUGGCCACCGCCGCCUCCUGCCUCUGCUUCCUCACCUACGCCGUCGAGGUGUCGCUGACCCGCGCCAAGCCAGGGGACAUCAGCAGCUUCCUCUCCACCGUGCCUGGGCUCCUCAAGGUCUUUGAGGCCUAUGUGGCUUGCCUGAUCUUCUCCUUGCUGGAUGAAUACAGCGGGAAGCCUGGCCUGAUGUGGUGUGUGGCUGUCUACUCCAUUUGCUUCAUCUUCACCCUCCUCAUCAUCAUCUUCACCAUCGGCCGUUGCCUCACCUACAUUCCCUGCCCGCUGGAGAAGAUGCUGGUGGGGUACAACUUCCUGGCCCUGCUGAUGUACCUCACUGCCACCGUCCUCUGGCCUCUCUACAGCUUCCAGGGGCGGAGCCGCCCCGAUCCCUGCAGCACGAACUGCUGGUGGAACAAGCACCUCGGGGUCACCUUCCUCACCAUCUUCAACCUCCUCGCCUACUUGGUGGACCUGGUCUACUCCACCAAGAUGGUUUUUGUCAGGACACCUCCCUAAGGGCUCAGGGCGGGGUUGUGGGACGUGGCUGGGUGCGGGUGGUGGCCGGGGCUGCCGGCGGAGCUGAGGAAGAGGCCGGGUGCCUCGGAAAGCUCCUCGUCCCCAGGCUGGAGCAGGGAGUCAGGGAGAGCUCCCAGGGGUGCGCUCAGCCCGGGCCCCACAGGCUGCACA